ACCCACUUUUGAAAGUCCUUAUCAUAUAAGGUCUAGAAACAAGAACUUGCCAGAUAUAAAAGUGAUUUGAUUUGAUGAUAAAGAAGACGCAUGGAAGAUUAGGCGGCAUCAUGAUCAUCUCAAGCAUCUUGUUGUGGCUUUGCUUAUUUUCGAUCCAAGGAAUCCAGAGUUCCUCUUCCUCUUCGAAUGAGGCUGGACCUAUAGUGACCGUUCCCAAGGGUGCAGGACCAGAGGAAUGCUUCCAAUAUGGCCUUGACAUUGUUGGCAACGAUUUGAACAACGGCCUUAACGACAAGGUCAACUCGGCUGCGGAAUGUGUGGUCAAAUGUCAAGGCUAUCCCGGUGCCAAGUACUUCACGUGGUCCAGUGCUCAAUUGGCCGAUCCCAACUACCGCCUCAGUUGUUGGUGCACUCCGGACAACCAAGGAACCACAAUCAGUGCCAACACCAUCUCCGGACCUUUGGACUGUGGCGGCUCAGGUGGCACUUGUUGCGAUACUUUGGCUUUCACCUCAAGUGGAUGGAUUGCCACCUCUAAACCAUCCCAUAUCUUGGGCAUUUACAACAAAGUGGGUAUGGGUACCAAUGGUCGAUCCAUUUACUUUCAACAAGGUGGAUUGGGUCACUAUUUGUACUUCUUGGACAGCCUUCAAAUUUGGUUCAUUGGUGAUUCUGUUGGGUCCAACGUUGGAUACGCCUCAAAUCCUGGAACUGCUAUGUGUCCUGAAGAUAUUGCCGCUACUUGGGAUGCUUGGUCACCCAAUGCCAAUGAGUGGCUAUUGGACCCAAUGGCCAAAAUGAAUUGUUUCUAAAAUGUAUAAUACAUGAAAAAUCAGUGCUAUAUGUGAGGCAA